GAAAUGACAACGUCGGUGUAUUCUCCCAUUUCACACUAUUGAAUUUGUGUUAUAAUCAAAUCAAAUUUUGUUUUAACAACAAGAUUACUAUCAAUGCAUCUGUAAAAGAUAAUCGAAAAACGAGAUUGCUGUUGUUUUGUGCUUCUGUUGACUUAGUUAAUUACAACUCCACAUUAAAAAACGUGCUAUUUAAUUUACAAUGUUCACUUCUCCAGACUCCCCACGUCAAUAGAAUAGAACAGAACAGAAACGAGUGCUUCAUCAAAUUGCUGGGUUUAUGCAAAUUAUCAAAAAUUGUGUUUUUGCGGAGUUAUUUUAAACACUGUCGCAUCAAACUCAACAUAACAAAAAAAGGUUAUAAUAAUAAUUUAAAUGAUAAAUGGCUGAGGAUAUUCGCAGUGUACAAGUGCUAAAUAUAUCGAAUGUGAAUGCAGAGGGAAAAACGGUCUUGAAUGAUGGAAAACUCUUGAACUUGAUAUUACGUUAUCCAUUUCUGUACAAUUGUCGUGUGAAGGCUCACAAAGAUCCUGAUUACACUGAGUGGGCAUGGAAGCGUAUCAAUGCCAGCUUUAAUCGUAGCUACGAAAACGACCCUAAUGCUGGCUUUUCGACGUCGGAUAUUCAACGUCGUUGGGAAGCUUUGAAGCCACUCAUACAGUGUCUAAGCAAGGCUUAUGACUUAGAGGCUAUACCUCCCUCUUUACGGCAAGCAGUGAUCAAGAUUAGCGUGCAACUAGAAGAUCAAAAUGUAAGACCACAUAAGAAAGCUAACAAUCCAAUGCAAAACUAUUUACGAGAGCAAAUGUCUCAAAUUGCCGAACUGCCAUUAGAGGAUCGUUUAGCUUUAGAACUUGAAAUGAUUGACUUGAUUCUGAGUGAAGAGCUAUCGCUAAGGGCCACGCUAAAAAUGCAAGACGCCGAACGACAAGAUGUCAGUAAGGAGACUGAAGAAUUUCUUCGGGAAAUUGGAUUCAGGCAGGUGUUCGAUUUGGCUUAUAGUCAGGAACGUAAAAUGAAUGAAUUGGACAUAAAAAAUCGUCUUUUGGAAAAAGUGGAUUCGUCCAAGAAGCACAAGAAUAUUCCCAAAUGGAUUCCUUUGACUGAAGUCAAAAAGCAUCUCAAAUCUUGCCGUGUUAAAGUAAAACGCGUUAAUAUGGAAGAUUAUAUGCCUCUAUCGAAAAUGAAAAAAUUCAAAAACUGAAUGCUUUAUAUUUCUUGGACUCAUUGUUUUUUUAGUUUACGUUUAAAAAUAUGAAAAGCGAAGUGAUGAUUCUAUUUAAACAACCAACACAGCUUUGUUCAUUCGUUGAUAUUUAUCACAUCAUUUCAAUUUUACAAAUAUUAUCUUCGACGAAUUCGAAUAUCUAUUAUAUAUAAAUAAAACAUUAACUUCCAAGAAUUCGUGCUCAAUAUUUUGUCAAUUCAUUCCAAACUU